UUUAUACACUUACGAUCUGCCACAUUCUCAUCACCAAAUCCUUAUCCAUUUACCAAACACUCCACUUUCACUAUCACUCGACUACAAUACUACAAUGAAUCCACCAUCAGGAACCAUCGUUUUCAACACCGUAGGAAGAACCCAAUACGGUUUCGAUGUUUUCUACACACACCUCAACAACAACCACAACGACCACCGUCUCACCGACGGCAUCUCAGUUAACUUCAAUGCACAAUUCACCAAUGAUCAUCAAACCAUCGUAUUCGUCUCAGAACGAACCGGUUCACCCCGGUUUUACUUAACCCGGUCCGAAAAUAAACCUGAACUUCUUCUACCUUCUCUUCCAAACAACACACUCUUUCAAGACUGUCCAAUAAUUAAAAACAGUAAAAUCUAUUUCUCUUCAACGCACGAUCAACCAAACGCGCUUUUCAAAAGCGCUUCUGCUGUUUACUCCACCGCCGUCGAUGGCACCGGAACUUUAACUAGGCUGACACCUCACGGUGUUGUUGAUUAUAGUCCUGCUGUUUCUCUAACCGGAAACUUAAUCGCUGUUGCUUCCUACGGUUCUCGAAACUGGGAUGGCGAUUUUCGUGAACUCAAAACGGAUAUCGUUGUGUUUGAAGAGUCUGUGCCGGAGAAUCGUGUUGUGGUUGCUGAACGCGGUGGCUGGCCGACGUGGUUGGGAGAUUCAACGGUGUUCUUCCACAGAAUCGCCGAUGACGGUUGGUGGAGCAUUUUCCGAGCCGAUUUAAAGGAUUCUAAUCUUACCGGAAUUCAAUCCUCACCUAUUCGUAUCACUCCACCGGGAUUACACUGUUUCACUCCCGCCGCAAUUCAAAAUAGCAACCGCAUCGCCGUCGCAACUCGUCGGAAAGAAAGUGAUUACCGCCAUAUCGAAAUAUUCGAUCUCGAAACGAAAACGUUUCAGAAAAUAACAUAUUCAGUAAAUCCUGAUUUUCAUCACUAUAAUCCAUUUGUUUCACCUGAUUCUUGUUACAUUGGUUACCACCGGUUCAGAGGCGAGUCAGUUCAGGGUGAGUCAACCUAUCCACAUCUCGACCAGGUGAAAUCUCCGGUUGAUGACAUACGCUUGCUAAGAUUGAACGGUUCGUUUCCGAGUUUCUCACCGGACGGUGAUUUCAUCGCGUUUAAUCAUGAACUCGACGGCAAUCUUAACGGUGGCGUUAAGAUCAUAAGAUCCAACGGUUCAAAACGGUGGAGUUUAUUGAAAGGAAGAACAUGUUUUGGAAACUCCUGGAGUCCAACAGAGAAGAAUGUUAUUUACACUUCAAUCGGUCCAAUUUUCGAGUCUGUUACCAAAACGGUUCAAAUUGCAAGGAUCGAGUUUGAACCGGAUCAUCUCAGUAAAGAUCGUGAAGAGAUUCCGUUUACGUUAAAGAUUCUUACAAAAUAUGAUAGUGGAAACAAUGCGUUUCCAUCGUGUUCACCUGAUGGAAAAUUUAUAGUGUUCCGGUCUGGUAGGACCGGGUUUAAAAAUUUAUAUAUAGUUGAUGCAGUUAAUGGAGAGGAGGUAGAUGGGGGUUUGAGGAGGUUAACAGAAGGUGAAUGGAUUGAUACAAUGCCGUGCUGGUCACCAAAAGGUGAUUUGAUAGCGUUUUCAUCGAAUAGGCAUGAUGCUAAAAAUAGUGAAGUUUUUGGGAUUUAUGUGGUGAAUGUUGAUGGGAGUGGUGUGAGGAGAGUUGAGAUUGGAAAAGGUGUGGAUGGUGAGAGGGAGAGGUUGAAUCAUGUUUGUUUUAGUGGCGACGGUGAGUGGUUGUUGUUUACGGCCAAUUUGGGUGGUGUGUCAGCAGAGCCGGUGGGGUUGCCGAAUCAGUUUCAGCCAUAUGGGGAUUUGUUUGUGGUGAAGUUGGACGGGAGUGGGUUGAGGAGGCUGACAUGUAAUGCGUAUGAGAAUGGAACGCCUACGUGGCAUCACGGGGAAUUGUUGUUGUGUAAUGAUGGUGAUGAGGAUGGAGAUAAUGGUGAUUGGGAUAAGUUGAAAGGUGCAUUUCAAGAACCACUAUGGAUUACAUGUGACAUUUGAUUGUGAUACUAGUGUUUCAUUACUAUUCUGCAUAAUAAGUUGAAAUAUUCUACCAAAAAAAAGUUGAAAUAAAGAUGAGUAGUAGUGUUUGUAAUUUGAUUGAUGUUAGGUUUGCAUUGAUUCAAGGUGUUAUGUUGGAAUCUUUUAAUGAGUGGAAGUUAUGAAAUAAAUAUACAAAUUGACACAUGCUAUAAUGA